CCACGACCAUCUCACAUCCCAUCCCUGCGCUUCACCGUUCUCGGCACGUGCUGGCCUCCACAAACAUGAGUGCCGCCGCCGGCGUCACACCGCCGUCGUUCUUCGAGCUGCCGCCCUUCGACGCCGCGCGGCCCGCACACAUCUCGCUCGAUGCGCCCGCCGCACUCUCGGCGCGCCGCACGGCCCAGCUGCCGCGCCAUACUGGCUGGGAUGCCACAAUGCUCGAUCCACUCGGCAGCGAGGCGGGCACCGCACUCGUUCCGCUCGCAACAUCGUUCCGCAUGCCGGCACUUGCACUGCAGCCGCCUGUCGGCGGGCACGACCCUGUGCUGAGCUCGUUCGCAUCGCGCUUUGGGCAGGUCGAGGCAACUGCGAUGGAUGCGCCACAGCCCAUGCCGGAUGUCUCUCGUGCUGCGGCGCAGGUAGAGGCAGAGGAUGAGUCGACCGACAGCUCGAUGCCCUGGUUCAGCGAUCUGGCGUGUGGCAAGAGGGAGCAAAAGCUGCUGCUUGUCCUCUCAGCGGGCACGAAGUCAUCAGGCUUGCAGCUGCUGCCCGCACCUGCGCACGAUGCCGCAGCUGUGCUUGCCUCCGCCGCGCUGGCAAUGCAGACGCACGCCUCGACGCACUUCGCCUGGGACGCGCGCAAGGCCUCGUUCGUAUGGGCCCUGACGCUGCAGCGCGCCCAGAGCCGCUCAGCGCCGUCAUGGAGCGGCAGCGAGCAUGUGCAGGGGCUCAGUGCGCAGGUGUCCAAAAGUCUGCUGGCGCCGUUUCUGCAGAUCGGCACGCUGCGUCGGCGCGUCGCGCAGCGCAUCGUCGAGCUCCGAGAGCUCACGGAUGCUGCUGCGGCCGGCGAUGUGCCAGAGGCAUGCGCCCUCGCGGCCGCCCUCGAGUCGGUCAUGGAUUGGCUGGGCGCUGACAUCGAUGCCAGACCGCCGCCGCUGUCGCUCUUCGUGGCUGGGCGAGGCCUCGAGGAUGCGCUGGCGGUGCUCAAGUCAGUCGCGGAUGUGCUUGGCUGUGGCCUCAAUCGCCGCACUCCGUUCCCGCCUCUGCUGCCGCCAGACGCAAACGGCGCAGUACCAAGCAAUGCCAGCGCCCUGCUGCAGACGCGCGUCUAUCUCGAGCUAGCGGCGCAGCUCUCCUCGUACGCCUCGCCGCUGCCGGCCGCGGCGCUGAGCCUGCUGCUCGAGGAGAUCAGCGCAGCGUGGCGCACCGACGUCGCGGCGUGGAUUGGCUGGCCUGGCGUCAGGCCAAAGGACGAAAGCACCGUCGGCGAAAAGGGCAAGUGGCAGGCUUGGGCCGGCGUUGAAGUCGAGUGGGAGAAGGACGUGCGAGGAGAGGUUGACGUAGGCUACGUACUCCGGCCCGCAAGGCUGCCUGCAUUCCUGCCGCUCUCUUGCGCUCGCGACUUGCUCGAAGCAGGCCGAUCUCUGCGAUUGCUGCGCAAGGCAGCGCCGCCCUCGCAUCCUGUGCUCGCCGCACUCGCCGACCACAGCGCGAGCGAGGCACUGCCGUUGCCGACGUGGACGUGGGACGAGGAAGAGGCAAGCGAGCAGCUGCACCUCGUCAAGGCACGCGUCGCAAGGCUGCGCAGAUCUGUUGCUCGCUGGCGCCGCGAACGCGGCGAGGUCGACCAGACGGCCCUUCCCUCUUCGGACCUCGUCGACGAGGUGGCGUCAAUUCUGCAGCAGCCGCCUCUCGCGAGCUCAGACGGACAGUCGUUCGACGAGACGCUGGCGGUCUUCAAUGCCCUGCCGCAAGCCUUCGAGCCCGACGAGCUCCGCGAGCCUGGGACAGGCGCAAGUCCGCAAAGGCCACGGUCACAGCGGUAUCUCCAUGGCCGCCGCAAGGCAGUGCUCAUCGAGCGCAUACAGGCACAGCUCUCAACGGAGAGCUCCGAGAGCCAACCUGCGCCGCCUCUGCUCCCUCAGCGGCAUGCCUCGAUCGCAGCUCUCACGCAGGCGACACUCAUCAGCCCAAUGCUGGAGUGGGCGCAGCUUCUCAACUCCUCGCUCAUCUCUAGCUUCUACCGCGAUCUCGGCCUGGCAACGUAUCUGGAGACCUGCCGCCGCUUCCUGCUCCUCGGCAGCACGCAGUUCCGAGAGCGCGUCGCCGAGACGCUGUUCGAGGGCCCCGGAGGGGCUGACGCCGACUCGCCGACCUGGGCUGCGGGGCUAUCGACGCGUCUCAACGAGGGCUCCGUGUGGCCGCCGAAGUACUCGGAGAUCGCUUCAGCCCUCAACUACGCGGUGAUGGAGACGGUCGCCGAGAUGCGAUCCGACGACGCAAGUCGCGGCCAGGAUUACGGCCUCGUCCGGCCUGAGACGCUUGCGCUGCGCGACCUCGACGACCGGCUUUCAUUCGCCAUCGUCAAGCCCGAGAGCGUGGUCAAGGGCAAGAAGAGCAGCGGCGCUCAGUCUCGCUGGCGCGACCGCAACUCGAUCGACGCGCUCGACUGGCUCACGCUCAGCUUCCACCCGCCGCCUCUCAUAGCGCCUCUGCUGCCGAUCAAUGCCUCCAUCCGCUAUCAGCGUCUCUUCAACUUCCUGCUGCGGCUGAUGCGCGUGCAGACUGUCCUCGGCUCGCUCUUCCGUGACGCGAUCAAGGGCGCACGGGUCACACGACCAGGUAGUCGCAUGGAUGACCCGUCCGAGACGGCCUGGCCGUUCCAGCACGACAUGCAAGCCCGCGAGACGCUGCUGCGCUUCCGCGCCGAGGCGAACCACGUCGUCAGCGCGCUCAAUGGCUUCGUGCACUCUGCCAUCGACGACGGCUGGCAGCACUUCCAGACGCGUCUCUCGACGCUCUGCCGCGAUGCGGAGGCGCGCGAUGACUCGGCAUUCGGCAAGGUGCAGGACAGCGACGUGGCACUGGCGGCUGACAACGACGAUGCCAUGACGGACGCCGGCGCAGUGCUCGACAACGAUGGCGAGAAUGCGUGGGCCGCUCGGCAAGGCGAGACACAGUCGCUCGAGAUCAAGGACGUCUUCAGCCUGGCGCGCUUCCACGAGAGCACGCUCGAGCGCAUGCUGCAGACGUGCUUCCUGCGCGCACGCCAGCGCGGCCUGCGCACCAUCAUCGACGAGAUCCUCGACGGCGUGCUCAAGCUGUCGAUGCUGUGCCGCGACGAGCGGCGCAGCGCCGCCGACGAGCACAGCAGUGCGCAGGCGGCGGCCGACCAUGCCGAGCGCCUCUAUGCGCUGUACAGCCGCUGGCGCUCGCGCGUGCACCUACUUUUGCGUGCUCUCGAGCUCGUGCGGGACAAGGGCGAGGGCUCCGCGCGACCGACGUAUCGGCCACGAGACCGCGCCGACGCCUCGGACGGGGAGCGCGGCACUGCGGCGCGCAUCGAAGCGGAGCGCAUGGAGCGCCAGGCCGAGGAGGACCUGCGCCGGCUGGCGGGCGAGGAGGCACAGGUCGACACGGUCGCCGAGCUGCUCGUACGUCUGGACCUCAACGGGCACUUCUCGCAAUGAAGCAAGUCUGAUUGCGG